AAGACGCCCGACAAGUCUCAACCUCUCCGCCCUCUCCCUCCCCUCCUGCUCCUCCGGUCCACUGCUCACCGUGCACAUUCCAAGCCACCACUCCAACGCGCGUAAAAAACUCGUGUCCUUGGAAUAUAAAUCAUCCUCUCGUCCCACUUUCACAUUCAUACCACUUUGUUUCCAAACACACAAGUCCUUCACGUAACCUACCCAUCUUUCCUUCUCGUGAUGUCUGCUCCCGGUGUUAACGUUACCUCUCUUUCAUCAUCCACAACCUCCUCUCCCAAUCCCAACAACGACCGUCCCGAACGCAGUCGCAAUGCCAAAGCCCAAGCCCGUCACCGUGCCAAACGAAAGGCCUACAUUGAGCAGCUCGAGCAGACGGUCACAAAACUCCAAACCGCGCUGGGCUUCUCUCCAGAACAAGUCGCCGCUCUCCCACCUCCGCUCGCUAAAAUUCGAGAACUGGAAUCAGAGAAUGCGAGACUCGUAGAGGAGAACGAGAGAUUAAAGAGACUUAUGGGUCAGGAUCCUAAUGUUCGUGUCGGCUCUCUGGAACGAACGAGGAGUUCGAAUUCCAUACCUACUUCUACCGGCUACGACGUAAUAGGACGCUGUACAGGCCCCACCAACGACUAUGGCAUCAAACGACGAAGACUAAGUGGCGAGAUGGACGGCAGUGGCGUGUACGACCCAUCUCCCACCAACAAUAACGGCCAGUCUACGCAAGGCGGCGGCAACACCGCAGAUUUACUAGGACGAGCUCCUCCACCACCUCUCACCAUCCCACACCAACAACAACAGCAGCAGCAACAACAACAACAACACCAUCAACAAUACACACCCACACACACGCAUACACCCCACAGCGCACACCCAGCACACGGACACCAACAACCGAUGUUCAGUUUACAUCACCAUCAACAUCCAGGAGGAGGAUUCUCAAUGCCUCCAAGUACACCCUCAAGUUCGACAACGUCCAGUCCACCAUUUUCGGCGAGUGUUGUUCCUUCUUAUUGAAGGAGUACUUUGAAUCCGAUAGUUUUGGAAUUUGUUUUUUUCACCCCCUCCCUCCCCUCGCCUCCUGUAUCGUGUUACCUCCCCUCUCCUCGCCUUUUUUCCCCCCCUGUUGUUUUUUUUUUUUCUCUUUUUGCAGCCCGCGACGACGUCCGCCAAUUCACCUAACCCGAAUGGUGUUAGGUAUCCGGGUACGCCUGGGUCGUAUCCGAGUGUUAAAGUAGAGGAUGAGUCGUACGGGGCGAAUACGGGGGGAUACACGCUCCCCCCGUUCAACCACCACCAUAAUUCGGAUUCGUGGUAUCAUUCCCAAGAGAGGGUUGUUGUUCAUCGGUAAAUGGGGAAGCCGAGGUGUGGAAAUGAAAGGAUGGAUGGAUGUACGAAGUGUUUUUUCUUUUUUUUUUCUCCUUCUCCUCUUCUCGUUCCAUGCACUUGUCUCAUGCUGUCGCGUUUGUUUGUUUGUUUGUCUUUUUUAAAAAAGUUUUUCCAUGACUUUUGUUCACAAACCAUAGAGAAUACCCCUGCCCACCAGCGUUUGGUUUUUUCCCGUUUAUUCCGUUCUUUUUUUUUUUUUUUGAAAACGCAAAGUAUAUAAUAAAUAGUAAUCUCAAUUAGCUAGCUAGCUCUCUCUCACAAAUGUAUAUAGUCUUUUCUUGUUUGUUUCUUUACCUUGUCUAUAUCCCCCCCCCCCCACCUUUCGUUGGUUUGUUUUUUAAUCUGCCACUUGUGAACACCGUACGCUUUUUUGUUUUUUUUGUGUAUCCUACUCGUUUUUUUCUAUUGUCUAUUGUCUAUUUUCUUUGUUUCUUUUCUUUAUCGUAUCUAGUAUGAAUCGGAUUAUGACUGCCCAGUGUUGUGUUUUUC